UCAAUAGCGGCCGCUUGCUUGCUGCAGCAUCCCCCUCAUAUCGCUGCUGCUGCUUAAUAUGCCUCUGACAGUGGCAAUUUUGAGUUAACGAGUGUAUAUAUAAAUGUUUUAAUUAUUUUUUUUAAAACGGUCCCCACCACCACACCUGUUCUUGCAAGCGUUUAUUUGGAGCAGCCCUCCCCCCAGGGCGCUUGAGAGGGACGGGAGUAACAAAUCAGGAAGAAAAGGAAAUGGCUGAUAGAACUGCACCGAAAUGCCAGCUGCGGUUAGAAUGGGUUUAUGGUUACCGAGGUCACCAAUGCCGGAAUAAUUUAUACUACACCGCUGCCAAGGAGGUGGUCUACUUCGUUGCUGGAGUGGGAAUUGUGUACAACACCAGAGAACACACACAGAAAUUUUUUCUUGGCCACAACGAUGACAUUAUCAGCCUUGCUUUACAUCCAGAAAGAAGUCUAGUUGCAACUGGUCAAGUCGGAAAUGAACCCUAUAUCUGCAUUUGGGAUACUUACACUGUACAGAUGGUUUCUAUUCUGAAAGACGUUCAUACACAUGGAAUUGCCUGCUUGGCUUUUGAUUUUGAUGGACAGCGCUUAGCUUCCAUAGGACUAGAUGCCAAAAAUACAGCCUGCAUCUGGGAUUGGAAAAAAGGGAAAGUAGUAGCAACAUCAACUGGUCACUCAGACAGGAUUUUCGAUGUGGCUUGGGAUCCUCAUCAACCAAACAGACUUGUUAGCUGUGGAGUGAAACAUAUUAAGUUCUGGACAUUAUGUGGAAAUGCACUAACACCCAAAAGGGGAAUUUUCGGUAAAACUGGUGACCUUCAGACCAUAUUAUGUUUAGCCUGUGCGAGAGAUGAAACAACAUAUUCUGGUGCUUUAAAUGGUGAUAUUUACGUCUGGAAAGGGCUAAAUUUGGUCCGCACAAUUCAAGGAGCCCAUGGAGCAGGAAUAUUUAGUAUGUAUGCCUGUGAAGAAGGUUUUGCUACUGGUGGGAGAGAUGGGUGCAUCCGACUAUGGGAUGGUGACUUUAAACCAAUCACAAAAAUUGACCUUCGAGAGUCUGAACAAGGAUAUAAAGGCCUGUCAAUCAGAAGUGUUUGUUGGAAGGCGGACCGUAUUCUCGCUGGAACCCAGGAUAGCGAAAUAUUUGAAGUGAUGGUUCGCGAACGUGACAAACCUCUCCUGAUAAUGCAGGGCCAUUGUGAAGGGGAGCUUUGGGGCUUGGCAGCCCACCCUAAGAAACCAUUGGUUGUCACAGGCAGCGAUGAUCGAUCUGUACGUUUAUGGAGCCUUGUUGACCAUGCUCUUAUUGCACGUUGUAACAUGGAAGAGGCUGUGCGCUCUGUUGUUUUCAGUAGUGAUGGAUCGCAGCUUGCUUUAGGAAUGAAGGAUGGCUCCUUUACUGUACUCCGAGUCAGAGAUAUGACAGAGGUGGUCCAUGUUAAAGACCGAAAAGAGGUAAUUCAUGAAAUGAAAUAUUCUCCAGAUGGAUCUUACCUGGCUGUGGGUUCAAAUGAUGGCCUGGUUGAUAUCUAUGCAGUUUCACAGCGAUACAAGAAAGUUGGCGAAUGCAGCAAGUCAUCUAGUUUCAUUACACAUAUUGACUGGUCCAUUGAUAACAAACAUCUGCAAGUCAAUGAUGGUGCUGGAGAAAGACUAUUUUACAAAAUGCCUUCUGGGAAGCAUUUAACAAGUAAAGAUGAAAUAAAGGGGAUUCAUUGGGCUACCUGGACUUGCAUAAUUGGACCUGAAGUGAAUGGAAUUUGGCCUAAGUAUACGGACAUCAUGGAUAUCAAUUCUGUGGAUGCGAACUUUGGCAGUGCUGCUCUUGUCUCUGGUGAUGACUUUGGAUUGGUCAAACUCUUUAGGUUUCCUUGUUUGAAAAAAGGAGCAAAAUUCCGAAAAUAUGUUGGACAUUCUGCUCAUGUUACUAAUGUAUGUUGGUCAUAUGAUUUUCAGUGGAUAAUGAGCACAGGUGGUGCCGAUCACUCUGUAUUUCAGUGGCGAUUUAUUCCUGAAGGAAUGAUGAAUGGAGGAUUUGAUGAACCACCAGAAGGUUAUGCUGAUUCCAAUAGUGAAGAAUCUGAUUCAGAUCUAUCAGAUAUUGCAGAAUUGGAUUCUGACAUAGAACAAGAAGUGCAGAUCAGUUACGAACGUCAGGUUUACAAAGAAGAUCUACCUCAGCUCAAACAGCAAAGCAAAGAGAAAAAACAAGCAGCAGCUCCUCGAAAAAGAGAGAGAGCGCCUGAAGGAAGUUUGAAACUGCAAUUUGUCCAUGGGUAUAUUUAUAAAAGUUUUACUCUGCUGCAUGUUUGUAAUGUAAGCUACAGAGGAUAUGACUGUCGAAAUAAUCUCUUCUACACCCAAGCCACUGAAGUGGUCUACCAUGUUGCUGCUGUUGCCAUUGUUUACAACCGACAACAGCAUUCGCAGCGAUUCUAUCUUGGACACGAUGAUGAUAUCCUCAGUCUAAUCAUUCAUCCAGUCAAGGAUUAUGUGGCCACUGGGCAGCUUGGACGGGAUCCAUCAAUACAUGUUUGGGAUACUCAGACACUUAAAUGUUUAUCAUUGCUGAAAGGACAGCACCAGCGAGGAGUAUGUGCACUUGAUUUUUCAUCUGAUGGAAAAAGUUUGGUAUCAAUUGGUUUGGAUGACAACCAUACUAUAAUUAUAUGGGACUGGAAAAAGGGAGAAAAACUGGCAACAUCAAGGGGACAUAAAGAUAAGAUAUUUGUUGUGAAAUGCAAUCCUCAGCAUGCCGACAAGCUUGUUACUGUUGGGAUCAAACAUAUAAAAUUCUGGCAACAUGCAGGUGGUGGCCUUACUUCUAAACGGGGAAUAUUUGGUAACAUGGGGAAAUUGGAGACAAUGAUGUGUGUGGCAUAUGGUCGAAUGGAAGACAUGAUUUUCUCUGGAGCUGCAAGUGGAGAUGUUUACAUCUGGAAAAAUAACCUUCUACUCAAGACCGUCAAAGCCCACGAUGGGCCUAUAUUUGCUUUACAUGCCUUGGAUAAGGGAUUUGUAACGGGUGGCAAAGAUGGUAUUGUUGAACUCUGGGAUGAUAUGUUUGAAAGGUGUUUAAAGACAUAUGCUAUCAAGAGAGCAGCCCUAUCAUCCAGCUCGAAAGGUUUACUUUUAGAAGACAAUCCUUCAUUGCGUGCCAUUACAUUGGGUCAUGGGCAUAUACUUGUUGGAACCAAGAAUGGUGAAAUACUUGAAAUAGAUAAAAGCGGAGCCAUGACUCUGUUAGUUCAGGGUCAUAUGGAAGGAGAGGUUUGGGGACUGGCAGCCCACCCUACUCUUCCUGUCUGUGCUACUGUUAGUGAUGACAAAACAUUACGAAUUUGGGAACUCUCCUUCAAUCAUCGUAUGUUAGCUGUACGUAAACUUAAAAAAGGUGGGAGAUGUUGUACUUUUUCACCAGAUGGAAAAGUCAUAGCAGUUGGGCUAAAUGAUGGAAGUUUUCAUGUAGUCAAUGCUGAUACGUUGGAAGAUAUAGUGGCUUUUCACCACAGGAAGGAAAAUAUAUCAGAUGUCAAAUUUUCUACAGAUGCAGGGAAAUAUCUAGCAGUAGCUUCCCAUGACAACUUUGUCGAUAUCUACAAUGUGCUUUCAAGUAAAAGAGUAGGCAUAUGUAAAGGAGCUUCCAGUUACAUUACUCAUAUCGACUGGGAUGCAAGAGGGAAGUUAUUGCAAGUUAAUUCGGGUGCCAAAGAACAUCUAUUUUUUGAAGCACCAAGAGGGAGGAGGCAAACAAUUAGAAAUACAGAGAUAGAGAAAAUAGACUGGGCUACAUGGACAUGUGUUUUAGGACCCACUUGUGAAGGAAUCUGGCCUACCCAUAGUGACAUAACGGAUAUCAAUGCAGCCUGUCUAACUAAAGGCAGAAAACGUUUGGUCACUGGGGAUGACUUUGGUUUUAUUAAGCUCUUUUCGCAUCCCGUCAAGGGUCAAUAUGCAAAGUUUAAAAAAUAUGUGGGCCACAGUGCACAUGUGACGAAUGUGAGAUGGGCACAAGAUGAUAGUUUGUUGCUGUCAGUGGGUGGUGCCGAUACUGCUCUGAUGAUCUGGAGUCAAGAAACUGAUGGACACAGGGACAAGAAGUCCAUGGACAGUGAGGAAUCUGAUACUGACACUGACGAGGAUGGAGGGUAUGACAGUGAUGUUGCAAGAGAGAAAUCCAUCGAUUACACAACCAAAAUCUAUGCAGUUAGUAUCAGGGAGAUGUCAGGCACAAAGCCUCCUCUACAGCCAAAAGAAGUUUCAACAGAGGAAAGUUUUUUUAUUGAGAAAGGGUUAAGGCAGGGAAUUGUCAAGGGAUCCAGACCACCUGUCAGCAGAGCUGCUCCUCAACCAGAGAAACUGCAAAAUAACAAUAUUACCAAGAAGAAGAAAGUAGUGGAGGAAUUUGUGUUGGAACAUGUUUUUGGAUAUAGAGGCUUUGACUGUCGCAACAAUCUUCAUUAUCUCAAUGAUGGAAGUGAUAUUAUUUUUCACACAGCAGCCGCUGGCAUCGUUCAGAAUCUGUCAUCAGGUCUGCAAAGUUUUUAUGUGGAACAUACAGAUGACAUACUUUGUCUGACUGUCAAUCAACAUCCAAAAUACAAAAAUGUUGUGGCAACUGGGCAAAUAGGUGAUAUUACAGACACAUCAGGAGCAACUCCAUCUAUUCAUGUGUGGGAUGUCAUAAGCAAGCAGACACUUUCUAUCCUACGUUGUUCUCAUAAUAAGGGUGUCGGUUAUGUUAACUUCAGUGCUACAGGCAAGUUGCUGUUAUCAGUGGGUGUCGAUCCUGAACAUACUAUCAUUAUUUGGAGAUGGCAAGAAGGUGCCAAAGUUGCUAGCAAAGCGGCCCAUAGCGAGAGGAUUUUUGUGGUUGAGUUUCGUCCCGAUUCGGACACACAAUUUGUAUCUGUGGGGGUGAAGCAUAUAAAAUUUUGGACCUUAGCUGGUGGAGCAUUGCUUUCAAAAAAGGGGAUUAUUGGGACUGUGGAUGAUGCGAAGAUGCAAACCAUGCUAUCUGUUGCCUUUGGUGCAAACAAUCUUACUUUCUCUGGUGCCAUAAAUGGGGAUGUGUAUGUCUGGAAGGAUCACGUGGUAAUCCGAGUUGUAGCAAAAGCCCAUACAGGACCCGUGUUUACAAUGUACACAACGUUAAGGGAUGGCUUGAUUGUCACUGGAGGCAAGGAAAGACCGACAAAAGAAGGAGGUGCAGUGAAGCUAUGGGAUCAGGAAAUGAAGCGAUGUCGAGCAUUCCAGCUGGAGACAGGACAAUCUUUGGACUGUGUGCGCUCUGUCUGCAGAGGGAAGGGGAAAAUACUGGUGGGAACGAAAGAUUGCGAGAUAAUUGAAGUUGGGGAAAAGAAUGCAGCAUCAAACAGCUUAAUCAAUGGGCACAUGGAAGGAGAGAUUUGGGGCCUUGCCACACACCCUUUGAAAGAUCUCUUGAUCUCUGCAAGUAAUGAUGGCACAAUAAGAAUCUGGGACUUGGCUGAUAAAAAAUUGCUAAACAAAGUAAACCUUGGAUAUGGCGCAAAGUGUGCUGCUUACAGUCCUGAUGGAGAAAUGGUAGCGAUCGGGAUGCAAAAUGGAGAAUUCAUUAUACUACUUGUCAAUUCUCUGAAAGUGUGGGGCAAGAAGCGGGACCGAAGUGCUGCCAUCCAGGAUACCAGUUUUAGCCCCAAUUCCAUGUUCCUGGCAGUGGGUUCUGCAGAAAAUACUGUUGAUUUUUAUGAUCUCACACAAGGGCCUACUUUAAACCGAAUAGGCUACUGCAAAGAUAUCCCUAGUUUUGUUAUCCAAAUGGACUUCUCAGCUGAUAGCAAACACAUUCAGGUAUCCACAGGUGCCUACAAGCGUCAGGUGCAUGAAGUUCCAUCAGGAAAGCAAGUAAUUGACCAGGCAAUAAUUGAUAAAAUCACAUGGGCUACAUGGACAAGUAUUUUAGGAGACGAAGUCCUUGGAAUUUGGCCACGAAAUGCUGAGAAAGCAGAUGUCAACUGUGCCUGUGUAUCUCAUGCUGGAUUAAACUUAGUGACAGGGGAUGACUUCGGUUUGGUGAAACUUUUUGAUUUUCCUUGCACUGAAAAAUAUGCCAAACACAAGCGUUAUUUUGGCCAUUCUGCACAUGUGACAAAUGUACGUUUUACCCAUGAUGACAAAUAUGUUGUCAGUGCUGGAGGUGAUGACUGCAGUGUAUUUGUUUGGCGAUGCCUUUGAAGAAAACAAUCCAGGACUAUUUCAUUCAUAAAAUGGAAUCCUAAAUGCCUCAAUAACAACUUGGCUGCUAGAAAGCAAAAAUGCGUAAAAGGUGCAUAUAUUUAAUACAUGUGUUUGUGUAAAUGAUCAACUUGGGUCCACUAAACAUAUAUUGUGAUUUUGAAGCCUGCGAUGUGAAUAUCACUGAAGAUGCUGAAAAUGAGGACUGCAAUAGUCAGUUUUUGACUAUGAAACAGUGACAGAUUAAUUAGUGUAAAGAAAAUCACUUGUGGUUUCUGAAGUGAACUCUUUAGCGGAUGUUUGUGUAUUGGAGCAAUUGUGGAUCUUGGUGACAUCAGCAUGUUCCCUGAACCAAACACACAAGUUCAUUGUGGAGGUGAUAAUCAUAGAAUGAUUUUAUAACUAGAUUCUUGCAGCAAAAUGCAAUAUCAAUAUCAGAAAAGAUGCACUUUUUUUUUAACGUGUACAUUUUUAUUCAAGAUAGAAUGUACAAAUUAUUUUAUCAGUACAGAGGCUUUUGUAUGUUUAUAUAUUUCUUAAAGGUGCAAAAGGCUUGCUUCACAAAUACAAUAUGACUGGUUCAUCUAUUGCGAUAAAUUGCUGCUGGGUAUGUUUACAGUCACUGCAUUUCAUCUUACAAGUACCUUCACUAGGAGAAAAUCGAAAAUCAAAAUUGUAGACAUUGCUAAAGAGUAUUAAAGGUGGUCCACAGAUUUCUUCAUACUAUUGAGUCUAUGUCUCAAUUCAGGGAAAUUCGACUUAAAUGAGAUUCAGCAUUCUUAAAGAGGGUUGUAGCCAGAUCAGUCUGGAUUGGCAGAGAAGGAAUUCUUGAAUCAUAGUCAGAUAGCAUGAAAGCAGAACUGAAAACAAUACUCCAGGUGUGACACCACCAAAGUCUUGUAUAAUGAACAUAACAUCCCAACUUCUAAACUGUAUUCCUUGACUGAUGGCCAACUCAAAAGGCUCCUUCACCACCUUAUCUACCUGUGAUGCCACUUUCGGGGAACUGUGUACUUGUACUCCGAGAUCUCUCUCCUCUGCAACACUCCCCAUGCCAACCGUACACUAUGAAAGACCCUCUGUAUUUCGUGAUAACCAUUUUCAGUCUAUAAUACUACAUAUUUUAAUGUUUGCAAACCUACAAAUCAUGCCUUGUACAUUCUCAUCCAAAUUGUGGAUAAAAAUGAUAAAUGGGACCAACACUGAUCCCUGAGGCUCAUCACUAAUCACCAGUCUGAAAAACAACUUCCACCAACAACUCUCUGCUUCCUACAAUGAGCCAAUUGUGUAUCCAGUUAGCUAGCUCUCCCUGGAUCCUCUGCCAUCUAACCUUCCAGAGCAGCCUACGAUAUGGAGGCUUAACAAAGGCCUUACCAUGUCGACAACCCUAUCUUGUCAACCUUCUCGGUCAUUUCUUAAAAAAACUCAAUCUGAUUCAUGAGACUCAAUUUCUCAUGCACAAACCAACCCCCGUCUUUCCAAGUGCAUGUGUAUCUCUUCACUGCAUUUUCCUACCGUGCAUGCUAGUCUUACUGAUCUAUGGUUCCCAGAUUUUUCUGUUUGUUUCUUCUAGCUCAGUAUAAUCCUGAAUCCAUUUUCCUGCUCGAGGAUAAUUUCAUGUGCAGGAUUGACACCCAGCAGUUAGUUUUGCUAAUGUGGGAAAAUUGGGUAUUGUUGCAGUGGCAUAAGCACUGCAAAGCAAAGGGAUCUGAGACCAGAUGAAAGGGGUAAGAAACCCCGAAGACAAAUUUUAUAAAAUUAUUUAGUUCUAACUGAAGCCUUUACCAGACUGAAGUGGAAGGAGAGAAAGUCACGACCAUGCCCUCUUCAAUUACAUAACUUUGAAACAUAGGUUUUGGUACCUCUGUACUUGCAGCUGAUUUAAACAUUUGAUGACCUUUCAGCUGCAAUAAGUGAUGGACAGUUAAUUGACAAUAAUUAGAUGGAGGGCAAAAGGUGGUAAAAAGAAAUGCUGGUAAUUGACUCUUCCAGUGAUGUGUGAGGAGUGCCUGACAGUGCAAGUGCAGGCACGCGAUUCACAAUUUGUGAAGUGUUCUGGAGCCUUUCUUUUAAGGUUUUUCUGGUGCAUUAAAGGUAAUUGUGAAUUUUAUCUUUGAUGACUGCCUUUGCCAAAAGAUAGCUCCCAAAUAUAGGAGGAGGUUCAUGUUCUCCAGGGUGUCGCCAUGAAUCUUUAUUGUUAUAGGUGCAGAUAGGACAAUUCUUAGCGAAUUUAUGUCUUGCAAAUGUUGAGUGAACUGUCCAUGAAGGCUUGUAGCUCAAGUCACAAAGUACACACAAUUGCAGACCUCAUCUGCAUACUGUAGAUUAACUAUUGCAGUUUGGAUAAAUCUUAUUCAAAAAUGUUAUCCACAUUGGCUGAAAGGUUCCCCGUUAGACAUGUUUAGGUCCACCGCACACUUGAUUUAAGGAACAGCUCAGUGGUAAUUGAAAAGAGAGUUUGAUCUGUUGUCCUGAAAUCAAAUGCAUUGAAACAAUUUAAGUUGACUUUUCUGUGCAUUGAUAGAAUUUUAUUCAGUCAAAAUAUUAUGGUUAUAUACAAUUUGGUUCUAUGAAAAGAAAUCUAAAGUAAAAAUAAGAUUGUAAAUACAUUGCAGAUUAUUGAAAAGACUGAUUUUUAUUUUGUCCCAAUUUCCCUUUGGAGUAAGACUUUAUAUUUUGAAGUGCAAUUAUUUUACAUCGCUUCAGCAGGUUUCUAUAUUAAUCUAUAUUUCCAAAUCAUGUGUCAGCAUUGUGCAUUAAAGAAUGUCUUCGCAAUAUUGCUGUUGUGUCUGUGAAGCUGCUUUUUCUAAUGCCAUGCCAUUUGUAUGUUAUUUCUAUUUUGAUGUAUUUCACUGAAAAAAUCACGGCCAUCUGACUUGUGAGGUUCUUUGCACAAGUGCCUUUGUAUAAUUCUACAUACAGUUACCCAUUGAUUUAGUUUUGCAAUAUAAAUAUCAACCAUACACGGUGCUAUUAUUUUUAAAACUGUGAUAAUGUCCAGUUUUAAUUUGUGUUUUAAAUAAUCAGUACCUCUGGUAAUAGUUCAUUAUUCAAUUUGACAGGAAACUAAAAUUAUUGUAUUUGACAGGCCAAUAAAUGUAUUAGCUGCAAGUUUUUAAUUGCUUACUAAGAAAAUCUAAAUAAAUGGAAAAUAUUAACUGCAGCUAAUCAAAGUAUUAAGUAUACAAGAAAGUACUUUCUAGGCCUGUCUGAAGUUAAAACAUAAAUGAUAUAACCCAUCAAUUUGGUCAAUAUGAAUCUGAUUUUCACAUUAUAGUCAAUGUGAAUCAUUGAUAAUGUUUUGGCCAUAAUUCAAGGCCCUUCUAUUUAGAGUCUUUAACUCCUGUUUGGAUAGAAAGCAAUCUAAUAUAUUUCAGCAUCUUUAGUGGACUUGCACAUUUCAGCUUUACAAGAUAUUCACCAUUCAAGAAGUGUUGCCUUAUAAAGUUUGAGUGUGAAAGUGGACUAUUCAACUAGAUGUUUAAAUUCAGCAAGCCAAAGUUCACUAUGCAGUUUAGCCACUAGCAUGGUGGUAUGAUAGUCAUGCUUCAUAAGAAUCAUAAUAAUUUAAUGAACUGUGUUUGUAUUAUUUAGUGUAUUUGUGCUUAAUCCUCUUGUCUUUCAAUAUUUGAUAAUUUUGGGGAAUUCUUUGAUGUACACAAAUAGGUACAACUGUCAAGAUAUCAACAACAUAUUUUAUAUAGCAGAAUAUAAAAAUAAUUAUAUCCAUGGAAAUGAAGUACCUAAAUGAAAGUUAAAACUAAUUUUUUUGAUUCAUUUUGAAAAGUAUAAUUCUUACAUUUUUCUAUUUGAUUUUUUUAAAUUGCAAAUAUAUAUCAUUGAUAAAUUUGUUAUACAUUGUAAAAUAAGGGGUUGUAAUAUAAUGUAUAAUAAGAAACUGCAUCAUGCAUGAAAUUAUUUUUAAUUAAUAAGAAUCAUAAUUGUUUGGGCUUAAAUUAUGUAAUAUGAUUCAAAUGUCGCUAAUGUAGCAACUAAUUCCACCAGGAUGUGGUCAGUUUCUUAUACGAAAGUUAUUGUUUAAUUUUUAAUGUUUUGGUAUGAAUAUAUCCAAACAACCAAUAAAACAAAAUACUUUUACCAAA